GUGCGUGCGCAGUGACGGCGGCAGGUAGCGGCGGUCAUGGCGGCUCGGUGCGUGAGGCUGGCGAGGCACAGUCUCCCGGCUCUGGUGUUGUCUCUCAGGCCUUCUCCUCGGUUGUUGUGCACAGCUACAAAACAGAAGAACAAUGGCCAGAACUUGGAAGAGGAUGCGGGUCAAAAUGAACAGAAGACAGAUCCUCCCUCCACAGAAAAGAUCCUCCUGGAAGAGAAGGUCAAGUUAGAAGAGCAGCUGAAAGAGACGAUGGAAAAGUAUAAACGAGCUUUGGCAGAUACUGAGAACUUGCGGCAGAGGAGCAAAAAAUUGGUGGAGGAGGCAAAAUUAUAUGGCAUUCAGGGCUUCUGCAAGGACUUAUUGGAGGUUGCAGACAUUUUGGAGAAGGCAACACAGUGUGUUCCCAAAGAAGAGAUCAAAGAUGACAACCCUCACCUGAAGAACCUCUACGAGGGGCUGGUAAUGACUGAAGUCCAGAUUCAGAAGGUGUUCACAAAGCACGGCUUACUCAAGCUGAACCCCGUUGGAGCCAAGUUUGACCCUUAUGAACACGAGGCCUUGUUCCACACGCCGGUUGAGGGGAAGGAGCCGGGCACAGUGGCGCUGGUCAGCAAGGUGGGGUACAAGCUGCACGGGCGCACCCUGAGACCUGCCCUCGUGGGGGUGGUGAAGGAGGCUUAGCUGCCUCCCGCAGGGUUUUUAUUUCAAGUCAUUUGCUAUAACUCUUGAAAGGCGGCUUCAUCUUUUCUCAUCCACGAAUACAUUUGAUCUUUUCCCAAACCUUGUUGGAAAGCUUAAGUAACCAGUGGCUAAACCAGAAAUUAAGCCAGUUGCACAGUUGUGUUAAUGAACUCUAAUUUGGGAGUCUGUUCACUGAUUUUUAGUGCCACAUGUUUAAUAGUCCCACAUACUGAAAGAAGUGGGCCAGCGGGACACUACAGGACUUCUAGAGUACCAUGAAUAAUAACAUUGUAUCUGCUCAAACUCUGGUGACAUCCAAGUCUCUUAAACAAAUAAAAGGUCUUCGGGAA